AUGUUGGCGAAUCACUCUAGUGCCACUGAAUUUUAUCUCCUUGGCUUCCCUGGCUCCAGAGAACUACACCAUCUUCUCUUUGCUACCUUCUUCUUCUUCUACUUAGUGACAUUAAUGGGAAACACGGUCAUCAUUGUGAUUGUAUGUGUUGAUAAACGUCUGCAGUCCCCCAUGUAUUUCUUCCUUGGUCAUCUCUCUGCCUUGGAGAUCUUGGUUACAACUAUUAUCGUGCCUGUGAUGCUUUGGGGGUUGCUGCUCCCUGGGAUGCAGACAAUAUCUCUGGCUGCGUGUGUCACCCAGCUCUUCCUGUACCUGUCUCUGGGGACCACAGAGUUUGCAUUGCUGGGCGCGAUGGCUGUGGACCGUUACAUGGCUGUCUGUAACCCUCUGAGGUACAACAUCAUUAUGAACAGCCACACCUGCAUCUGGGUGGUGGUUGUGUCAUGGGUGUUUGGGUUCCUUUUUGAAAUCUGGCCAGUGUAUGCCACAUUUCAGCUUACCUUCUGCAAAUCAAACGUGGUGAACAAUUUCUUCUGUGACCGAGGGCAGUUGCUCAAACUAUCCUGCAAUAAUACCGUUUUCAUAGAGUUUAUCCUAUUUUUAAUGGCUGUUUUUGUUCUCUUUGGUUCUUUGAUCCCUACAAUCAUCUCCUACACCUACAUCAUCUCCACCAUCCUCAAGAUCCCCUCAGCCUCUGGGCGGAGGAAAGCCUUCUCUACGUGUGCAUCCCACUUCACUUGUGUCGUGAUCGGCUAUGGCACCUGCUUGUUUCUCUAUGUGAAACCCAAGCAAACUCAGGCAGCUGAUUUCAACAGGGUAGCAUCGCUGAUGGUUUUAGUGGUGACCCCUUUUCUGAACCCAUUCAUCUUCACCCUCCGGAAUGACAAAUUCAUGGAGGCCUUUCGAGAUGUCAUGAAACGCUGCUGUCAACUCCUCAAGGAUUAG